UCCACGCGUUGCUGCCUAACUUCUUCCAAACUGUCCCGGGACUCUGAGUUGCGCUUCUCCCGCUGCCCCUCCAGCUUGCUCUCGGAUUUUGUUUCUCAGGGAUGGCCGCAUCUAUUCUGGAGGUAGGAAAUCUCAUUGAAGACGCGCGCUAUGGCUCCAGUCCUCUGGCUAUGUUAACUGCUACCUGUAACAAGUUUGGCAGCACCAGCCCAGUGAGGGACUCUGCGACACCCGGUAAGAACGGCGGCACUACUCCACUAAAGAAGCCCUACAACAUGACCUCCGACCUUCAGACGGCCAAGAACGGACGCACCGCCGACGGCAGCAGCCUGGCGGACUCCUACAGCGGCUCCUUCACCACAGCCGGAGGCGGCGGACUGCUCACCCCGACCGGAAGCCCCCCUCCUACGACAGGAGGCUACGCGACCGAUUACAAUCCUUUCUCACACUCGUUCCAAACGUCCGUCUCCCAGGACCCGUCCCUGUUAGUGUCCAAAACCCACACGACGGCCGACUGCCUCACCAGCGUCUACACCUCGUUGGACAUGACGCACUCUUACGGCUCGUGGUACAAAGCCGGCAUCCAUCCUGGUAUUACGGCCGCCCCGGCUAACGCCACGUCCUCUUGGUGGGAUGUCCAUCCCAACUCCAGCUGGCUGUCUUCGACCCAGCCUCAGUCCGACGGAGGUCUCCAGGCCUCUCUGCAGCAUGUGGCGCCGCAGGCUUCCCUUAGCCCACAGCUGCCUAGUUACGGCACCGAUUUUACCACCUUGAACCCGGCUCCCUACCCUUCUGUGGGACUGGGCUCAUCCUCACAUCUCCUCCAGCCGUCCCAGCACAUGCUGCCCCAGGACAUGUACAAGCCCAAGCCAGUGCAAAGUGCAGGGAUAAUGGAGAGUCCGAUGGGCUUAAAGCCAGCGAGGGGCUCAGGGGGCUACGGCACAGGUUCGACUCCCACAAGGUCCUCGUGCGACUGCCCCAACUGCCAGGAGCUGGAGCGACUGGGGGCCUCAGCCGCAUCCCUCAGGAAGAAGCCGGUGCACAGCUGCCACAUCCCUGGCUGCGGGAAGGUGUACGGCAAGGCAUCCCACCUCAAGGCCCACCUGCGGUGGCACACCGGCGAGAGGCCCUUCGUGUGCAACUGGCUGUUCUGCGGCAAACGCUUCACCCGCUCAGAUGAACUGGAACGCCACGUGCGCACCCACACGCGGGAGAAGAAAUUCACCUGCUUGCUGUGUAACAAGCGCUUCACACGUAGCGACCACCUCUCCAAGCACCAGAAGACUCAUGCCGACUCAGCGCUGCAGGGGAAAACCGCGGGCUCCGAGGGUGACGUGGACCACCGGAGCGAGGAGACAGCCGAGAUCAACGCUGGCAACGGUGAGCCAAUCGUCAAUGGAGACGAGAAGACAGGGGUGCCUACCGGCGUGGAGAACAGCAGUGGGCUUUUGGAGAUCUGAAUCCUUGACUUCAUCCAGCUCUUUUUUUUUUUUUUUUUUU